GAAAAUGUCACCUGGGCUUACUGAAGAGCAGAACAGGAAGAUUGAGGAGAACAGGCAAAAGGCUUUGGCAAGGAGAGCAGAGCGACUGGCAGCUCAGCAGGGCGGUGUUGCUAUGAAGCACUCUGACAUGCAGAAUCCUGAUAGCUGUCAAGGAAACCUGCAGCAGCCUUUGAAGAAGCAAAGCUAUCACCCCGUCCUUGGUAACCAUCCCCUCCAGGGCCCUGGCACCUAUUUGGUGCAGAAAAGUCCUCAGAUCCGUUCUGAUCACUGUAGUUCAAAUCAACAGGCAACUAUUUUGUAUGGAGGCCAACAAAAAGAUGAAUCAGUGGACUCUAGCCCAAAUGUAUACAGACAGUUGGCUAGCACUAAGAAGCCCUCGUCAGCAGUGCAAGGCUCUUUGAGUAAUUCUCAUUGCUAUUCUCCUGAGAGUUCCUGCAGACAAGGUCAGCUAAUCCAACAGAAUUCUGAUACAUUGCAGCCACCUAUAUGCGGUGCAACGGGCCAGAAUAUUGGAGGACAGUAUCAGACUAUCUUGGAUGCUAAUAUGAACUCAGACACUGCUAAGAAUGUACAGAUGCAGAGCAAAUCUGUCGGCAAGCGGGGUCUUCUUAGACAGGCAACGUUGCUGGAUGCAGGUGGAACUGCUGCAAAGGAUUGUCAAAUGCAGGCAGGUACCAGAAAUCUAGACUCCACCAAGAAGGAAGGGAGUAGUGCAUUGCAAUUUUAUGGUACAAAACCCCUUUUGGCUCCUGUAAAGGGGGGAAGAGAACAAAAUUCAACUAUUUCUAGGGUUUCAGGCAAUGUUCCUGAGACGUCUGUAUCGAAAAAUCACAAAAUUCUCAAAGGAAAAUGUGUAAAACAUUCUGAAGGCAGAUUCAGAGUUGAGAUUGGAUACAACACAGAGCUCAUUGAGAUAUUUAGAAGCUUACCAAGCAAAAAAUAUGAUCCAGAAACAAGGAUAUGGAAUUUCAGUCUUGAAGACUAUGGCCAUCUCAUGGAAAGAGUAGAGCAAUUUCCCUCCGUCUCUUUGACAUCCCUGGAAGGAAUGGAGAAAAUGACUGGGAGUGGAGAGUCAUCUUCUGCUGGUCAAGGUUCUCAGCUGAGAUCCCUCUUGCAGACAUGUACCAGCUGGCAGAAACCAUCAGCAACCCUCACAGGAAGCUGCGUUCUGAUUUCCUAUUCUCGGUUUGAAGUAGAUAUUGGCUAUGCUGCCAGCAUCGUAGGAGUGUUCAAGCAAGUGAAUUCCAGGAUUUAUGAUAUGAAGACCAGAAAAUGGAAUUUCUUACUGGAGGAUUACCUAAGACUAAGAGUGGAUCCUAAAGUUGUGACAAGCCUCCUGCCAUUCCAGAGAGAAGGUGUAAAUUUUGCUAUCUCCAGGGGAGGUCGUUUGCUCCUUGCAGAUGACAUGGGCUUAGGGAAAACCAUCCAGGCAAUCUGCAUUGCUGCCUAUUACCAAAAAGAGUGGCCCUUGCUGGUGGUGGCUCCUUCUUCAGUGAGAUAUACGUGGGCCGAGGCUUUCCAUAGAUGGCUUCCUUCCCUCGGCCCAGACACCAUCACAGUCAUAGCAACAGGCAAAGACCAAGUCUCGGCAAAACCGAUUAACAUUGUCAGUUUUGACCUUCUCAGCAAGACUGAGAAGCAGCUCAAAACCACCUUCCAAGUUGUGAUUGUUGAUGAAUCCCAUUUUCUUAAGAACGGUAAAACGGCUCGAUGUCGGGCUGCAAUGCCUCUCUUGAAGGCUGCCAAAAGAGUAAUCUUAUUAUCAGGAACCCCUGCCAUGUCACGUCCCGCAGAGUUGUACACACAGAUUGCAGUGGUCCAGCCAACCUUCUUCCCUCAGUUCCAUGCCUUUGGGGUCCGCUACUGUGAUGCUAAAGAGCGGCCUUGGGGAUGGGAUUAUUCUGGAUCUUCCAACCUUAAGGAACUGAAACUCCUGUUGGAAGAAACUAUCAUGAUCCGUCGCCUGAAAUCUGAUGUGCUUUCUCAGCUUCCUGCAAAGCAACGCAAAAUGGUAGUGGUAACUCCUGAAGGCAUUAAUACAAGAACCAAGGCUGAGUUGGCAGCGGCUGCAAAGGAAAUGGCAAAGAUUUUUAAAAGUAAGCAAGAACAGAAGGACGCACUCAUUAUCUUCUACAACAAGACUGCAGAAGCCAAAAUUCACUGUAUCCUAGAAUAUAUCCUAGAUUUAUUGGAAAGUGGAAGACAGAAAUUUCUGGUAUUUGCUCAUCACAAACUAAUUUUGGAUGCAAUCAGUGAGGAACUGGAAAAAAAGAAUGUAGGCUUCAUUCGUAUUGAUGGUUCCACUCCCUCAGCUGAACGUCAGUCCCUCAGUCAAGAAUUCCAGUUCUCUGAGAAGCUGUCUGUGGCUGUCCUCUCCUUGACUGCAGCUAAUAUGGGGCUUACCCUCUCCUCUGCUGACUUAGUUGUAUUUACUGAAUUGUUCUGGAACCCUGGGGUUUUGAUGCAAGCAGAAGAUCGGGCACAUCGAAUUGGACAGACUAAUUCUGUGGAUAUCCAUUAUUUGGUAGCAAAGGGCACAGCAGAUGAUUACUUAUGGCCACUGAUUGAAAAGAAGAUCAGGGUGUUAGGUGAAGCUGGUUUAUCAGAAGCCAAGUUCUCUGAGGCAGCAGAAACCACAGAUUAUUAUACCUGCAAGGUGGACCCCAAACAGCAGACCAUGUUGGAACUUUUCCAGAGGACUUUCUCAGAGGAUAUAGAGGACAUGGAUGAAGCCUUCCUUGGGGACGUAGUGGAGACAUGUGAAGAUUCUGGGCAGGAAGACCCAUUGAACAAUAGAGCAGGACAUUUUUUCUCAGCAAGCCCGUGCAAAAAAAAGCGUACUCAAUAAUUUCCAUGGAGGUAUGAAUAUUAUAGAAUUAUGGCUGUUUUUAUUAGUUAAAAAGUGUUAUUUAAAGAGAAAAAAAAUCAGUGCCAUCAGUGAAUUAUUUGGUUGUUCAAAUAAACUAUAUUUAAAUAUGUUCUUGAAUUUUGUAUUAAGGAUAAUGAU